GUUCAAUACUGGUUGUUUCCAGAGAUGUUCCUUACUAUUCUAGGGAUGUUGUUCAAAUAAUUGUCAAGAUGGCAGCGACCAAUGUGGCAAGGUGUGUUUGGUUUGAAUUCGAUUCUUCUUAGUCCUUGUAGUGUUGCAGUAUGUUUUUGUUGCUUCAAGGAUGACUGGAUACAACAGUAUUAAGGAGUUGGAGUUGAAACUUUAGAAUGUUGAUUUAGUAGCAUCAUAAUAUGAUU